GUCACAUCCGCGUCCGCCUCUUUCAUGUCGGCCAUCUCUUCCGUUGGGCCGUCAUCCCUGCUGCAGAGCGCCUACUCUGUUCAGAUGCUGGCGCUUACCAGGAAUCUCUCAUCCCCGGGCAUCAGCGCGCUCUACCGCAACGUCACUGGCUACCUGGGUUGGUCCAUUCUGGGCUUCAAGGAAAAGUUCCCGUUAUUUAGUACCACCAAGCAGACCGUCAACAUGACAGAAAAGGUCCUUACAGAACUUCAGCUAAGCAAAGCGACAGCCGACGAGGCUACGACCAGCAGAGGCGAUCCGCCGACGGUGACAGCUUUGCCCCCUCCCCUGCUUGUGCGGGCCUCCCGAAGACAA